UUUAGAGGUUAUGGUGCAGUUAUUGAAUACAUGUCGGCUCAUAUUUAGAGAAUAUAGUAUAGUUAUAACAUUUCACCAUUUAGCUAACAGUUUAUUGCUAAGUUAAUGUUGGUUCAGCUUUAUACUUGGACUAUCUGUUAGAUAGAUAUAAAAACAUAGAAAUAAACUUGUACAUGGCAUUAGUUAAGCUAACAUUUUUGUUCAAAUGAAUGUACCACAAACAGAUUAAAUAACCAGCUACUUAGCAUAACACAGACUUGUGCGAUCACAGCUAAUCCUGGUUAUGAUUUUGGACCAAUCAGAAAGCGUGUCAUGGAUCUUUCGAAACUACUUUAGCUUAAAAAAACUAAAUGAUCCAACAGCGUCAAGUUACUUCAGAAAUGAAAGUGAAAGCACUAGCUAGCUAUUUGCCUGAAAUGGCGGUUGGAGUGAUAUGAUUUAGCUAUAUGAGGACGGUCCUGAAGGAACAUGAUGUUGAGCUUUAUAGUUCUUCUCAGUACAUUUAUUUAUUCAGUGCUUCUGCAGGAGGUGAGCUGGCUUCCCUGUGAGCUGGUGGAGGAGCAAGUCCAGAUGGAUGUGAAUGGACACAUGGAAACUCAGUACCGUCAUAGAAAUGCAGUGCUGCAGUUUGGACAGCCGGGAGACCACGCUAUGAAUCCAGACUCUAUCACCUUCUUUGUCUCAGGCACUGGGAAAAAGCUGGACAUCAGGAGGUAUGUUGAUCUGGGAGUGGAACCGCUGCAGUGUGAGAUUCGCAGGUACAGCACAGGUGGGAUCCAGGUGCUCUGGCCAGGUCGUGGGGCACAAGAACAGGACAUCUGGUUCACAUGCACCCUGCACCACAGUGGGGGUCACUUCGUCCUCACCACCUUUUUAAGACACACCCCUCCCACGCCUACCAAUGCCCAGGAGGACCACACAAAGAUGCAUCCCAUCGGGGACAAAGACUCUUUAGUCACUACAGUGGGGAUGCUGGUUCUCACCCAGACCCCCUCAGUAGAAGUGGGUCUGUUGAGGGAGCAGAUUCUGCACUGCCAGUUUGUAGUGGAUCACGCGCGGCCGGAGCUGGUGCUGGAGUGGACUCUGCGGCGCAGGGGGGAGCGUUCCAAACUCUUCCACUACAGCAGCAAGUCGGGCCAGAGCGAGGGAAGCGGCGUCUCCCUUAGCGCCAUCGCCAAGGGCGACGGUUCUCUGCGACUUCCCGCCGUCUCUCUGGCCAGCGAGGGAACGUACACCUGCUCGGUCUACGUGCCCCCGCUUUACGCAACGCACGACGUGGUCCUGCAAAUCGUGGAGAGUCCGCAGGUGUCUCUGAACGUGGGGGCGUCCCUGACGCUUCAGGAGGGGCAAGAGCAGAAGGUGGUGUGUGAGGCGCAGGGGUACUACCCCCUGGACGUGCAGCUGGAGUGGCUGAAGGAGCAGAGGGGCGGGAGCCGCCUGCCGGAGGUGCUGAAAAACGUGCUUUUCUCCAGCCAUCGGCACCACAAUGAUGGCACCUACUCUCUCUCCAUCUUCUUCCUGCUGCACCCCACCCCCAUGGACUCAGGGUGCACCUACACCUGCAGAGUGUCGCACCGCUCCUUACGUGUGCCCAUCCGCAAGAGCUUCACCCUGACUGUCACAGAGACUGCUGACUGGGGCUCAGUGCUGUUGGGAGUUGUGGGCAUUGGGUUUGCAGCAGUUAUGCUGGCCUUUCUGCUGUGGAUGCUUCACUACCUCCAUACAGCAAAACAAGAGGCAAAGAAGAGGAAGCCGUACUGAGACACCAUGUCUGGAGAAGAGCGUCUUUUCCCUGGCCUCCUGUAUCAGCCUGUUCUUCGGGUUACAGUAACAGUUAACAUGGAGAGUCCAGCAGAGGACAGAGGGGCCUGGAAACCCUCGGGACACUAUUGUAGUGGAGGAAUUUCUAGAUGGUGCAAUCAGCAAAAUAAGUGCCUUUCUAAAGCCAUGGAAUGAGGGUGUGAUAGUGAUGUAGAAUGUAUUUUAUUUAAGAAGUCAAUUUUGAGUGUUUCCUUGUCAACAGUGCUUGAUUCCUGACACAUGUUCUACUUGAGCAGUCUUACGUGGCAGGACAUGAUCAGUUAAGAAAAUGAUUACAUUUGAGUGUACGAUAAAAUAAUAAAUGUUGAAGUCUUUUUGUCAGGCUACGAUUUAAAAUUUUCUGGGUUUUGUUUUGUCUUAUUUCUGUUCACUGCUCACUUCUAUACAGUUAAUAUGUUCUGAUUUGUGCAUGAUUGAAAGGGCUGCAUUUUUUUUGCAAGCUGUCUGCUCAUCGUGUCUGAAAGAUUGGCAAGGGCAAGGUAGGGUAUAAGGGCCUUUUCACACCUAGUUUGUCAGGUAAUUUGAGUUGAAUACAAGUGCAGAUUGCUUUGUUUGUAGCUGUAUGUUAAAGUUCUGAUGAUGAAAUAAUUAUACUUGGGUGGACAUAUGGUUUACUAUAUUUGCACUGUUCUAGAAGGCUUUCAUUUGUGAUGUGCGAAUAAAAUAAUUCUGACAUUGAGAAAA